AUGGGCAUCCCUCACUUGAUCCACCACCUCGCUCCAUAUGGGGUUCUCGCUCCUGUGGACGGCGACAGAGUUGUGAUCGACGGCCCUGCACUGGCGUAUCACGUCUACCACCUUUGCACCAGGAGUAGCACCGGCCUUCCUUCCUACCAACUGCUCAGUGACACUACCAUCGCUUGGCUGGACAAGCUCACGAGUCACAACAUCUCCAUAGCUGCGAUCUACUUCGACGGCUUCCUCCCGCCAUCAAAGAUUCCUGUCCGACUGGACAGAAUACUGAGGACUUCAACACAACUCAAGCUCUUUCACUCAACAUUCCCCAAUGCUUGUUCAGCCAAGCAGGUCUCAGCCACACACCACAGGCAGCCUCCUCUCUUUCCGACAGACGCACCAAAGAGAGAACAGCCCCUGACCCCGCCCCCGCCAUUCCUGGUCGCUGCCGUGGUCGACAAGCUCAGCCAAACUGACAAGUAUGCGGACUUGGUGCGUCUGGUACCGGGCGAGGCGGACGCUUACUGUGCAGACGAUGUCCUGAAGAACGGAGGAACCAUCAUAACCUCCGACUCUGACCUCACAAUACACGACCUCAACGAAGGGGCUGUUGUCUUUUUCAAGGAUCUCCACAUAGGCUCUGCAGAUGGAAAGGAUGGCCUCCUUGGGUUGAAGUUCUGUCCCUCGGACGUGGAGAAGCGUUUGAAGCUACCAGAGGGACAAGGCAUGCGGCGGUUUGGAUACGAACUUUCCAAGUCCAGCAGGCCAAAGUUCUCGCAAGUCCUCGAGAGCUGCAAGGGAGAUGUUGCUGAUCCGGAAGACUUCCACAGCUUCUGUAGGCCAUAUGAAGCUCUGGAUACAACGGAUUGGAGCGCAGUCCCCGUGCUUGGGAGCUUGAAGAAUCCCAAGCUUGAUGCCAGGCUGUCAGAGAUCGUCCUCCAAUUCGUGGGCUACUCAGGGGCCUCCGCUGCCUCAUCUGAGGAGAAAGGUGCAGAAGGGUGCAUGAUGUGCCUUCCGCCACUCCUAGACUGUCCUGCUCGUGCAAGCGCAUGGGAUAGCAGCGCUUCUGUCCGGCAGUUGGCGUAUAGUUUGGCUUCCCUGCUGAAACCAGGAGCGUCGCCCCCUGUCCGAGAGUACAGAAGAGUGUACAACGGGAUGAAUCAAGGGAAGAAUGUCAUCAUUCUUCCUCGGACAUCUAUCAAAGACUACACCGACUUUCUUUAUGACACUCUGAGCCAAGUCAAGAAUAGUCUGGGAGAGGCGGAGUCACUUUGGCAGACUGUGGCUCUUCAACAGGUCCUGGCUUGCUCCAAGGUCGACGGCAAGUACGAUGUAUGCGUCGGAGCAGUCAAACAGGCUCUUUCAGUGGAGGCAGGCUCCGGCCUCAUCCCAUGGGACGUCGUUCACCUGUCAGCGCAGGUCCAGGCCAUGCUCUACUCCCUCCGUCUCCUUUCUCAGGUCCUGGUCCUUCUGGAUGUCGUGAAACCCGCAAAGGUGCCCAAAGGCCUUGACAGGCUCCGUGACCUUCUUGAAUCCCUGCCGUCUUUGACGGAGUGGCCAACAGUAGACGGAACCCUGGCCUUGCUUGGCAAAGGGAACUUAGCUAAGCUUGCAGAAGCACUCGAGAUACCCGAGAGUGAUUUGCUUCCUGCGAAAGAGGCAAAGAACAGGAAGAAGAAGAGGAAGAAGAUGGCCGAGACUGAGCCUCAAGCGUUACCGGAGAAGAAGAGGUCGUCCAACCCAUUCGACGUUUUGGGCGAUGAGUAG